GUGUCGAAUUGAUUAAGGUUAUGCAGUUACUCUUUCUCUCUGCAUUCCGAUUCAGUUAGUUUAAGCUUGUGUAGCAGCUGAUGCUAGUGUUCUUUCUCUAAUUUUCUUCUUAUUACUGUUAAUUUGUUUUCUUAUCGCCAGGGUUUUUAUAUCAAAUUUAAUUCUGGAGUAGGAUAUGAUUUUUUAUGAAAUUAGGGUUGUUGAGUUCGCAGGGGAAGCCAGAUUAGUUGAUGUUGAGAAAUUGGCAGAUAAAAGAUUUCUUUUUACUUAUUGUGUGUGUAGACUUUAUUCAACACCUGUAAUUGUACAGCUUUGAUUCGAGGUUUGUUACGAUUGAGCUUAGAAAAUCUGUACCUUCUAAUGCCUUAGUCUCAGUGAUGAUAGGGUUGGGCCUUAUAAGUGUGCUUAAAAUGAAAUUAAAAGAUCAGAAUUCGUAAACAAGUAAAAAUAUUUCGUGUUUGUAAUCUGUUCUUGUCUUCCUUUGUGACUGGGGUGUAAUCCACUUGAAUCUGGUAAAUGCGGGAUCGUGUGCUGAAUUAUAAUGCCCUAAUAUAGCUGGUUUUCCUGAUUAUAGCUUAACUAUGACAAUUGAUUAUCUAUUUCGUUGCAAUUAUGGCAUAUGAUACUCGACUGUUAUUGCUUAAUGGAGAAAAUUGUACUCAGCAGAGUUUAUUUAUAUGUUUUCAAAAUUGUUUGUUAUGGUGUCUUUGGAAUAUAAAAAGAGGAAAUCACAUUGAUGUGAGAAAUAUCUAGUGUUGUACCUGAUAAAUCUUAGAAAAUGUCAACUGGUGGAUUAAUAUCACAUAAAGCAACCUAUAUGUAGAUGGGUAUUGGUAUGUGGACUCAACUAUGGACCCAAAGAAACCAGGAGAGAUGAGUGGCUACAGAAUGUGGAAUAAGAAUGGAGUUGUGGAAGUGAAAGACAUAGAUGAGGUCGACAUUGAGUUAGUUUCUCUAGACGCGAAUGAGCACUACUUGGUCUAGUGCCGAGACAUAGUGGCGCUAUUGUUGAGCUGACCCGGAAUUGGAAGCGAUCAGGCAAAGGAGAAUGCAGGAGCUAAUGGCUCAACGUGGCGGGGGUAGUCACCAAGGUCCUGAGCAACAGAAAGCCCAGGAGGAAGCUAAAAGUGAGGCGGAGGAACAAAGACAACUGAUGCUGACACGGAUUUUGACAUCUGAAGCACGUGCAAGACUUGCUCGAAUUGCGCUGGUAAAACCCGAGAAGGCCAGGGGAGUUGAGGAUGUUAUACUGAGAGCUGCCCAAACGGGUCAGAUUGUUGAGAAGGUAUCUGAAGAGAAGCUCAUAUCGCUGCUCGAACAAAUCAACAAUCAAACAUCUAAAGAAACCAAAGUGACAAUUCGGAGGCGUACGAGUGUUCUCGAGGACGAUUAGACUAUAUGGGUUUGAGGUUUAUUUGAUUUUAUACUAAGCUUGAAUUAAAAAUACUGGCAUAUUGUAAAAUCCAUCCUAUGUUGUGUGGUUGGUUGGAAUUGUUUUGAGUGUGAUCGUCCAAAUUUUAGCCCCUAUUUGUGACUUGAAUUUUAAAUAAUUUCCAAUUUUUUACUCGAUA